UGCCCACAUAUAUGUAUAUUACCUACCCAUGCAAGGAAGCAGUGCUGGUAACAGUUGCCACACUACACAACAAAGCACGCGGAGGCACACAAAGCGUACAGCACAUAAUGGUGUGGGAGGCGGAAGGGGAAAAGCACAGCUGAGUUGCGGUUAUCGUUUUUGUUGUCAUCACUGCCACUGCCGCUGCCACUGCCGCUGCUGCUGCCACUACUGUUUUCUGAUUGCCAUAAUUAUUGUUGCCGUUGUUGCUGCUGCUUGGCUUACAUAUUUAAAUUUUUUCAAAGUUGUUUUUGCAUUUGUUUUGCCCGCUGUGCUGCACUGUAAUGCAGUUGGGGCUACUACAUAGCUGCCGCGCGCUAGCACUGAAUACAAAAUUCCCCCUGAUUGUCGUUUUCUUUUUUCUCGUUGUCUUGGCUGAUACUCAACUUUGUUACUGUAGCAGUGGCUGGCUGUCUUUUUCUUAGUCGUUAAUGCCAGUGCCGUUGUUAUUCCAAAGCUCCAACAACAUAUAAAUAAACGGAAAAACAAAAAACUGAUACGAACAAGGCGAAGCAAAGCGAACGACAUGAAACAAGCAAAACAGGCGUGCGGCGAAGGCCGAAGGCGACAUAAGAGAGCCAGUUUGGAGCUUACGUAUGUAUGUUUGUUUGUGUGUAUGCAUGGAUUGACUAGCUAUUAGCGCAGGGGUGGACGAAGGGGCGCGAGCGCUGUUGAAUGUAAAGUGCCAAAUGGUGGGGAAUAGUGCAAAGCAGCAGCACCAACAAAAACAACAAACGCAGUGUCGGAGGCCUAGUGUAGUAGAGGGCGGCGGAGGAAGGUGGGGUGUUAAGGUAACUGUAGUAAGAGUUGUGCUGAGUGCGCACUGUGGGAGAGAGUAGAGUAUGGUGCGUUAGAGGUGACCGCGGCUGCUACGAGUACGGUUAAGUGACAGUCAGUGGUGGUGGCGCUGAUGGCGUUGACAAUUCGAUGUGACACAGUGAGGCAAACGCGACGGACGCGGUAGCAGCUGAUAGGAAAACGUAUAACAGUGAUACUACUCAAAUUUAUAGGCAAAGAAAAGUGUAAGAAUAUUUAAGAAACUUAAAAUACAAAAAAGAACGCUAGUGCGUUGCAAAAUAUAAAAACAACAAUCAGUGAGAUUGUGUCGGGCAGUUAACAAUGCAGGUAAGUUAGUCAGUGGCAAAGUGAGUAAGCAAUCAACGGUCGGUUGCAGCCACGGUGACUGUCCAAAGCAAAGCAGCUCUUAGUGCGGCCACGACAAGCGCAAUACAUAACUUAACCAACAACAACAAUAAAGAUAACAACGGCAGCAGCCCAAUAACCGAGUGGAGCAAGUAGACAGCGCGCGCAGCGACCGCAGCCGCGACGGAGCAUGCCACACACAGUUUAAAUAUGUGAAAUUAGUACAAAUCGUGAUUUCAACGGUGAACGACGAACGUACGGCGGGCUGCACACAACACACGACACGUUGUUGCGGAACGGACGCGCAGGCAACUCAGCACACAACAGAGCAAGCAACGGAAUCAGCAAAGCAAUACCAAAGGCAAGCGCGAGUAAGUCAGACAGCCAGCAAGGCGGCCCGAGUCAGUCAGCCAGCUAACUACAUAUAUAUGUACAUACAUGUGUAAAUACAUAUCAGUCGAGUAAGCAAACAAAUAAGCAAAAAGGCAGGCAAGUAAGCAAAACAAGCAGCCGAGCGAAUGAGCCACUAACCACAAACGUGGUGGUGGAAGAGAAAUCAACAGCAACAAAAACAAGCAAGCAAGUAUAGCAACAACAAGAACAAGAGUAGCAGUGUAGACAACACGAAAGCUAAGUAGUAGCAAGAGGAGAGUACAACAACAGCAGGCAUUAUUGCUCCACGCCACAGCAAAAACUGCAAACACCUCCAAAAGCGCCGCGCCAGUAUGUGUCAGUGCGCGAGUGCAUGCUAGGCAAGCAGAUAUUCGGACAAUUAUUUAGUUAGUGCUAAGAAAAAGGAAAACAAAGUGAAAAUACAGCUGACGGCUGCACGACACGACGUACGUACGAGCCCAACAUCGCGCGCGCACACAAACGCGACAUACACGAGUGUACAGGCUCAACAACGAUUUACUAGGCUAACGCGGAGCGAGUCGCAUUCAAUUGAUAGACAAAGGAGUGGAAAGAGCCGUUGUUGACGUCGGUGCAAUCAGCGCAAGGCGAAGGCAACUCCACGGCCAGCAAGGUGAUACGAACCGCGCGGCUAGACGCAGGCUAACGCGCAGCAGCAGCAACACGGCCACGCAGGACGCAGUGCAAACGACCCCCAUUCCCAUCCCUAAACCCGCGACCCCACAAAUCCAGCACCGACCCACCCCGCCUUACGCGCAAGUUGCAGUAGCCAUCGACAAGCAACGGUUCGCGUCUCUUCCCGCCCCUUUUACAGCACCAGCAACGAGUCGACGUCCACUGCGACGACGUCAGACGCCGCGACAGCAGCAAGUGUGUGUGAUACCGAAAAAAUUGCAGGCAUCAGCGAAAAAAGAUAAGCGCAGUGAGGGCAUUUCAAACUUCGCAGGCAGCAACAAAGACGACUGCGGAACCACCACUGUAAGCAACGGUACUGCGGAUAACAGUAUAACACGUGAAGGAGAGCGUCUCUGUGCCCUAGCGGCAGUGGCAGUUGGUAGUGUGGUAUCAGCGCUGGCGAGAACGAAAAGGCAACGCGGUAGAAGGCGGCACGUAGCGAGUACGCGUAAGUUAAUCGCAAAUAAUUUUGACAAAAAGAAAACGGGUAACGCUUUAGGCAGAACGACCACCUGUUCUAGUGAUCAGAUUAUCGUAGAAAAAAGUGAAGAACGCGAGUUGGGCAGCAGCAAUACGACAGCAGCUAACACCAACAGCUCCACUAAAUCAGAAUCAUCAAUAGAAGUGACCUUGACCACAUUGACAACGUCCCCCGCAACGGAGUCGCAGACAACGGCGGAUAGGGGCAGCAGGGACCCUAAGGUUGAGGCUGACCCUGAGGCAGCGCCCACGACGACCACCGAUUCGGCUGUGUGCCCGCCUGAGCCAGAGAAAGCCAACAACAUUCCCCCACCACAGCAUCGGCGUCGUCGCAAAGCGCGCCUUACCUACAAACGCGCGCCACCGACACCAUCGCCGUCCUCCAUGUCCUUGUCGGUGGCGCUGCCUGCGCUCCAUACGGCGGCUGGCCUAGCGUCAGGCGGGGGGACGGCAGCAACUAAUGGUGGCGGCGGGGCGGCUGCACUUUCACCUACUUUUGGCGUUGGCGGCGAAUCGCUGCCCAGCCCUACAAGCGAUCGCGUCGAGUGGUCGCGUUCCACCAUACUCGAUUUCAUCGAAGAUUAUCGCAUGCAUCGCGUGCUUUGGGAUCCCAACACGAAGGGUUACCACAUCAAGCAAACGAAGUAUGAGGCGCUCAAGCUGUUGGGCAACAAAUAUGGCACCGAAAUACGCUCGAUACGCAGUAAAAUUAAAAGUUUACGUUCGUCAUUUCAUCGCGAACACGGUAAGGUGCUGAUCGGCAGGCAAAAAGGUGUCCACUACCAGCCCAUGUGGUUUGCUUACGACGCCAUACGUUUCAUACUCGAUGGCGAGGGCGGCAAUGGUGGCGUCGGCGGUGGCAGCACUGCCACAGCAGCGCGCGGCCAACACGCGCAAACAAGGGCGACGGGCGCAAUAGGCGAGGCUGACGAAGUGGAAGAGAAACUCACAUUGUUACGCGACGAUAGCGUUGACGGUGGUGCUGGUGGUGGUGGGGAUGACGAAACGGACGGCGGCGGAGAGAGCGGUGAACUGGAUGAUAAAUACGCAGCUGCUGUGCGCGCCAUACAAGCAGCAGCGCUGGCUGGUGCGCGUGAGAAUAUCAGCGGCGGCGGCGCUGUAACGGCUGGAGUAAACGGCGCGGCGGUGGCGGGAACCACAGUUGACGAACUGAAAGUGGAACCACAAGCAACAAGUGUGACGGCAGCAACAGCAGCAGCGGUGAGCGCUACAAAAACAACAGCGACACCACUGUCGUCGGCAGGGACACUGCCAGCACAACACCCAGCCACUGUGGUUUAUGGCAUGAAACCAGCCACUGCAGUGGCAUUAUUGGCCAACAGCAAACUAUUCAAUGCAACACCAGUGACAACUACAACAACAACAAACGUGACAACGACAACAACGAGCGAAGCGCUCACCACAACCGCAGCCACUACGCAUAGUGCAGCAACAAAUUCGGCGCCAAGUACAGCAACAACUACGGCUGCGCUUUUGCAACAUAGCGGCAAUAGUGAUGACAAAAAUAAAAGCAACAACAACGCCAGUGGCAAUAAUACGAACGUCAACAACGCAAUGGCCAUGAUGACAAUGACGACGCCAGCGUUGACAAUUAUCGGCAGCGCUGGACUGGCAAUGGGCCUUGGUGGCCUGGCGACAAUGACAACAGCAGGCGGUGCGGGCAGUCUCGGGGGCGGUUGUGGCGUAGGUGUGCUAGGCGGCAGUGGUGGCACAACAAUGUCGCAUGCAUACGGCGCUACCACACCGCUCCAUCAGGCCGCCGCCACAGCCAGCGCGGCUGAUGGCGACGAAUCGGCGUCCGCGAACAAUAAUUUGGUGGCGCGUAUGGCCGCAGCUGUAGCGGCAGCAGCAGCAGCUAAUGCCGCGGCGGCAGCAAAUGCAAAUCGGAAUGUCGCUGGGAGUAUCGAGGAACAACAGCAACAACAACUAGCUGCGGCGCGGUCCACAGCUGCAGCGGGUACCGGCACGGCUGCGGCAGGUUUACUCGGCACUGGAGCUGCCAGCACUGUCGCAACGACUGCCACCGAUUAUGAGGCCGAUAUACAAAGCUUUUGUUGCAACAUCAGCGCGGACGAUGUGAAAACAGAAAUUUUCGAAGGCGACACUGGUGAACUAGUCAUGCUUGAACAACAACAACAACAGCAGCAUCAUCACCAUCAGCACCCACGUUCGUGUAGCGUUACUCCGCUCACAGCCUCAGCGGUCAACUUCUACAAGUUGCCACCGAUGGCCGAGUUGCCAAUGUCUUCCAGCGUAGGCGCGCGCAAACGAAAGCCGCUACCGAUGCACAUCGACGCUGCCUCGCCAUCAAAGCAGCCCACACUGGCGCUGCAACAACACUUGCAGCAACACCUACAAUUGCAACACCACCAUCAGCUGCAACAACACCAGCAACAACACACGCAGACGCAACAUUCCAACGCACAAGCGCGCGCCAAAUCGCGCGAACGUGAGCUAUUAUUGCCUGCGAGCGCCACGAGCGGUGCGUUAGCUUUCGCUGCCGCAAGCAAUAACCAUAACCACAAUCAUGGACAGAGUCAGAGUCAGAGCCAGAGUCAAAAUAGCAAUAGCAACAAUAAUAAUAACAACAACAACGGCAAUAAUCUAAAUAACACGGGCAACAACAGCAAUUUGCACAAUCUAAGUUCCAAUCAAAAUCCAAAGGCUAACACCAACAAUCCAAACCAUGCCGCCAGCAGCAAUAUCAGUAACAGUAGCAGUAACAGUAACAGUAACAGCAGCAACAACGCUAGCACCAGCAACAACAACAAUAACACACAGACACCAAACGAUGAGUAUGGCGUUUUUGGCGAAUAUGUGGCCAUAACCAUACGCAAGCUGAAGACGCCGAAGGCAAAGAUUGUCAUCAAGCAUCUCAUCAAUAAUUUGUUGUAUGAGGCCGAGCUGGGCAAGUACGAUCACGGCAUGCCAUCGUCCAAAGAACCACCGCAAUUGUACAAGAUGUGAUGCAAGGACGCCAGGUUAAAGAAUGGCACGCAGUGGAUGCCGCCGUCAGCUGUGCCGCCGCCGUUGCCACCCCCACCACCUUGGUUCUUCAGUGCAUCAAACACAACUGCUUUCGCCGCUGAUUACCACCAAUUAAAAGUGGAAGUAACUGGGGAAAUAGUUGUGGAUACAUGAAGCUGCCACGGAUCGUAGGGGUCGAAGCAGUGGCGAGUUCAGCUGUAGCGGAUACUGCGGUAGUCGACUAAGAAAAACCUGGACACUAGUCAUAGUUAAAACAAAACAAUUUAGAGCAGAAAAAAACUAAAACUAAAACUAAAACAAAAACCAAUACAUACAAGAAAAACUAUAGCAAAGUGAAGUAUGUAAAGUGUAAUAGAAGAGAAGUGAAGAGAAUAUGAAAUAUAACGAAGUGCAAGUAGUAAUGAAAUAAGCAGAGGUCAACGGCAAAUGAAUGCGUUCAAAUCAGGGAAUUAUUUAAAUGGAAAUAAUGUGAAUUUAAAAAAAAUUAUAUUAAAAA